AUGGACUUUGAGUAUCAUUCCAGCGUGCUGGUUGGGAGGUCUCUGCUCUACUUCCUGUCCGACGGUGGGAUGAUCCUGGAGUACAAUUUGAACAGUGGUGAACUGGCUGUGUUGGACACACCACCCGACGUUUACAGCAGUGACAACGAAAGAUUUAACCUCAUGCUGGCGGAGGAUGGUGGGCUGGGGGUUGCCGAAGCCAUUGAUCUGCAGCUCAUAUUGUGGAAAAGGGAGGCGAGUGAUGGCACUGAUGCACGAUGGGUGCUGAGCCGGAUUGUUGACCUGUUCGAUUUGCUCCCAAUUGGUGUCGAUUCAAAAUGUCUUUCUCCAGUGUUGGGCUUUGCUGAGGGAGCAAAUGCUAUUUUCGUGUCAACUGUUUAUAGUCUCUUCAUGAUCGAGCUACGGUCGGAGCAGGGGGAAAAGGUGUGUGCUAGUCAUGGCUUCUGUAACUUGAUUCCAGUUGUCAGCUUCUACACUCCACAUUUUAGGCUCCAAGUGCCCGGCGGUGAACACCACGGCCCAACGCCGUGGCUGAACCUACUGAGGAGGGGUGGUCAGCAAGGGGUUUGGGAGGAGAAAUCACUAGAAUGGGCGCAGGUGCUGUUUGAUAAGGGGUGCAAGGCUAUCAACGAGAAGGACUUUGCCAACGCGGCAGGCUGCUUCAGACAUGCUCUCAAGAUCAGGGUUCAACAUUAUGGAGGCCUUGCUCCUGAGUGUGCUAGCACGUUUUACAGUUAUGGAGGUGCCUUGUUAGGCAAAGCUCGGAAGGCAACCAAUCCUUCAGGGGCAAAUUUGCAUGGCAAAGAUCAGAAUGAUGGGAACAUGACAGGCGAUGGAGAUGAUUCUGAUUUGGAUUUGGCCUGGAAAAUGUUGAAUACUGCAAGGGUGAUAGUUGCCAAGAGUCCAGAUAAGACAAUGGAGAAGGUUAAUAUAUUGAAUUCUCUGGCUGAAAUCUCCAUGAGAAGAGAGGACAGACACAGCUCAAUCGAUUACUACUUCGAAGCUUUAGCGAUCUUGGAACAUUUGGUUAGGCCUGACCAUUUUCGAUUUUUCCAGCAAAACUACCGCAUUUUGGCCUUUGAGUUAGCAUCCAAGGUUGGGGAUGCAAUCCCAUAUUGUGCAAAGGCUAUUUCAGUAGGCAAGUCGCUUAUGCAUAAUCUGAUAAAUGCCAAGGAAGCUUUGUUAUCUGAUAAAGGACACUUAGGUAAGUCGACUCUAGAAGAUGCGAUAUCUUACCUUGCUAGAAUGUUGCCUCGACUCCAGAAGAAGCUUGAAGAACUGAAGCAAGCAAUGUCAACCCCAAGUGAUAGUAUAGAUAAUAUUAUGAAGAGGGUGGUCUCAGUGACAAGUCAUGAGCAGAAUGUUAACAAUACUAUGGCAAGAACUGCAUCUUUGACUUCUUCACAGAUGGCGGGAUCAAGCAACAGCUUCCAUUCACCAACUAUGUCUACGGCAGCCGCCAGAGGAAGCACUGGAAGUAGCGUAACUGACUUUGAGAUUGUUGGCAGAGACAUGAAACGAGCUAAUGACAAGAAGAGACUUGCAGCAGAUAAUUCACCAUCCGUGAAUGAAAUGUGA